UGCACGAGUUAUUCAAAUAAAAUCAAAAUGACGACCAUUAGUGAGUGCAGUGGAGAUGACAUAUUAACAGUUGAAGAUUUAAAAUCGAUGGUACGCCAUAGUAUCAGAAAAAUAAUUUUCAAAGAAGAGUUAAUUACGUACAAAGUUAGUGUAAAAGAUCUUUCAACUAAUGGAGGAAAUUACUUUGGUUCAUUGCAAACGGUGACCGUAAAUGGUAAAACGAAAAAUGGCGAAGAAAAAGAACUAAACAUCUUUCUGAAAACUAUAAUUCAGGCAUCAAAAAACUUUCCAGUUUUCAGUGUGCCAAAAAUGUACCAGAGAGAAGGAUUUUUGUACAAAGAAAUAUUUAAAUAUUUUAAGACAGUUGAAGAUAAAUAUAAUAUACCACAGGAAGACAGACUGAGAACUGUAAAGGUAUUCAGCGAGACGAAUACCCAAGUAGCAACAGAUUAUCUUCAUAAGACAAUAGUCGCACUCAAGAAANUAGCUAUAGAGACUUUAGAAGAUGAAGCAAAAAUAAAAUUUGAUAAUUAUUAUCCCACAAUGAAAGAGAAAUUUUUAAAGAUGUACAGAAAUUCAUCUGAAGGGGCUAUUUGCCUAGUUCAUGGAGAUUAUCGACCUAACAAUAUAUUGGUGAAAGACGUUGACGGAGUGCCCUCUGCAGUAUUUCCUGUCGACUAUCAGCUCGCAAGUUUUGACAAUCCUAUAUUGGACUUUAUAUUUUUCAUAUUCUUAGGCACCGAUCAGAAAUUUCGUAAGCAGCACUUGGAACAUCUUAAAAAUGUGUACUACAGUAAUUUUGAGAGUUUUUUGAGCAAAUUUGGUGUUGUAGCUGCGAAGGUAUAUUCAAAGGAACAAUUUGAUGAGCAAUUCAAAGAUAAAUUGGAUUUAGGAUUGAUGUUUUUCUUAUGUUUCAUGCCUUUCAUUUUCGCCCGAACCGAUGCUGUCCCCGAGUUAGAUAAUGGACUCGAAUAUGUUGUGCCUUACAACUUGGAUGAGUGUUACAAGGACAGAUUGUACGGAAUCGUUGAUGAUUUGAUACAGUGGGGGUAUAUGUAAACCUUACUCUUUUAUCGGAUGAGUUGCAUAUUAUGCAUUUAAAUGUCUAGACGAAGAAAAGUGUUAUUAUUAUUAGAAAUAAAACAAACAUUUAAUUUUUAUUAUUGUUGUGAAUUUUGUAAAUAAAAUUGUAAGUGUAAAUGUAAUAGGUAGUGUAGCUGAUGAGAACUAGUUUUCGGCUGCUCUUUAAAAUAUUGUAAAUAAA